AUAAAAAAUUAUAUUUACAGGGACAGGAAGGAAUGGGCAGAUAUCGAACCUGUACCUCAAAGUGAUGGUCCGAAUCCUGUUGUUCAGAUCAUCUACAGUGAAAAAUUUAGAGAUGUGUAUGAUUACUUCCGGGCUGUUCUGCAGCGGGAUGAGAGAAGCGAAAGAGCUUUCAGGCUGACAGCAGAUGCCAUUGACUUAAAUGCUGCAAACUACACAGUAUGGCAUUUCCGGAGAGUCCUCCUGCAGUCUUUGGGAAAGGAUCUCCAUGAGGAACUUAAGUAUAUUACAGCUAUCAUUGAAGAUCAGCCAAAGAACUAUCAAGUCUGGCAUCAUAGACGGGUGUUGGUGGAGUGGCUGCAGGAUCCAUCCCAAGAGCUUGACUUCAUAGCUGACAUUCUUAACCAAGACGCCAAAAAUUACCAUGCAUGGCAACACAGACAAUGGGUUAUUCAGGAGUUCAAAUUAUGGGACAACGAACUGGAAUAUGUAGACCAGCUUUUGAGGGAAGAUGUGAGGAACAACUCUGUUUGGAACCAACGACACUUUGUAAUUUUCAGCACCACUGGCUAUGAUGAUCCAGCAGUCCUAGACAGAGAAGUCCAUUACACUCUUGAGAUGAUCACAGCAGUGCCACACAAUGAGAGCGCUUGGAACUAUUUAAAAGGGAUUCUACAGGAUCGUGGUCUUUCUAAGUAUCCAAAUCUGUUAGAGCAACUGUUGAAUUUACAGCCCAGUCACAGUUCACCAUAUCUGAUUGCUUUUCUUGUGGACAUAUAUGAAGAUAUGCUUGAGAACCAGUGUGAUAACAAGGAGGAAACACUAAACAAGGCAUUGGAGUUGUGUGAAAUUCUGGCUAAAGAAAAGGACACCAUCCGGAAGGAAUACUGGAGGUACAUUGGAAGGUCCCUUAAGAACAAGUACACCUCGACCACCAAACAGAGCACAGUGACAGACAAGCAGCAGUAA